GAGUCUCAGCCGCCGCUUCCCGUUAACUUUCUUCUCUUCCCUGGAGCCGGAGACAUUGAGAGUUCUGCUACCGGAAGGUUCAGGCCGAUUGCUUGGAUGCAGAAUCGCCUUUGAGGUGAAACGGAAAUAGUGAGAGAUGGGGUUGCCGAAUGCUUCUGGGGACUUGUCGACGGAGGUGGAAGUGGAUGCUUUCCGCCGCCUCUUCCCGCUUCGGUUCUUCGAGCGUCAUCUUGCUGAAUCCAUACGCCCUGAUGCCAGGCCGCUGGGGAAGGCGAGGGAUACCACCAUAGCUCUUGGGGCUGUUGCAUCUGCUAAUGGGUCAGCACUAGCCAAGAUUGGUUCCACUACCAUGUUGGCUGCUGUCAAGAUGGAAGUCAUGACCCCUUCCAUGGAGUCGCCAGAUGAGGGUUGCAUAGCUAUUGAAUUUCAUAUGCCUCCUAUUUGCUCUCCACUUGUUAGGCCUGGCAGGCCAGCUGAGGCGGCACCAGUUAUAUCGAAGCAGUUAUCUGACACUAUUUUAAGGCAAGCCAAUUACCUCUCAGCUUCACUCUGCUGUAGUCUCUGAUUGUGUUUGUUCUUUUAAUUAUCAGAAUAAUUCAUCCUGUUCUGGCUUGAUUAAUCUUAAGGAACUGUCCUUGGUCAGUGGAAGGGCUGCUUGGAUGGCAUAUUUGGACAUAUACUGUUUGGAUGCUGAUGGUGCUUUAUUUGAUGCCGCACUACUUUCAGCAGUUGCUGCUUUUUCUCAUGUGGAAAUCCCAGUUGUUUCCUUGAAUGAUGAUGGGAAAAUUGUUCUUGUGUCUGAGGAACAUGGAAGAGGAAUGUCAGAAGGGGAGCCUGUCAAUAAGGAAAAGAGGAAACUCAUGUUAAACAGUAUUCCAUUCUCAUUAACUUGCAUACUUCACAAGAAUUACAUUCUGGCAGACCCUACUGCAGAAGAAGAAUCCAUUAUGGAAACCCUUAUAACUGUAGUUUUAGAUUCAUCAGGUCAACUUGUAUCUCUUUAUAAGCCAGGUGGAACUGUUCUUGCUUAUACAUCAGCUAUUCAGGAUUGUGUUGCAUUGACACGACAAAGGGUGAAAGAACUACAGAAGAUUCUAGAUGAAGCCAUUUCUGGUAUGGAGGUUGACUAGUUUACACUAUUUUUUUGAAGGUUUCCCGAUCAUCUUGUGCAGUUCAUGGUAUUUAUUCUCGUUUGAACUAUAUUUGUUUAUUCUAUCUUGUUCAUGCUGUGACAUAAGUUAUCAAAGAGACAUAUUGGAAGAGUUAAGUAUCAUGAAUCAAUUUUGGUAAACACA